UUUGGAGAUGGUGGGGAGUCGAGCUCAAGAGAUGGGAUAUCUCGCCACAUUUUGAAACUUGUUUAACGUUGAAAGCUGUUAUCUGGAACGUGUGUUCUUGCCAUCUUUCUAAAUUCGCGUCUUUGCCUGGUGGGCCAUUUGGACCCAUCGCACUUGAUAUGUUGAAGUCUCGUUGCUGUUGUCCGUGUGGUAUGCCGAACUCGUGGAGUGCGAAGAUAGCUCAAUGCAAGUGCUUUUUAUUCACUGAUGUGUAGAUCGGAUGCAGCUAAAUUUUUAGUUGUAUCCACGCAAGGCAGUUUAGGUUUUUAGGGACACAGUCGAGACAAGUGAAAGCAAAGACGUAAAUAUUACAGUUCGAAAUCAGGAAUUAGGGUUUUGUUUGUGAUGGUUUUGUAAGAGUAACUGAGAGGAGGAGCGCUGCAUUUUGGUGGUGAUCUCUGAGGGGGCCGACGAUGGGCUCCCUGUGGUUGUACUCUGUGGCGGUUGUGGGACUAUUGCUCUGCACAUCUUCGGGUGCGCACGCCCUUGGCCUGGCGAAGAGUGUGAACGUCUCCGUGCGAGCUAAGUGGGAGGGCACUUCGCUGCUCCUCGAGGCUGGUGAGUUGUUAGCAAAGGAGAGAAAUGAUCUCUACUGGAGGUUCUUAGAACAGUGGUUGGAGAGUGAUGAAUCUGCCAAGAUCCACACCGAUAAAGAGUGCGUCCAACACAUUGAGGAGAGAGGGAGUUCCAUUCUUGGAGCACCACUUUCUCCUCUUUUCCGACUGUCUCUCUCUUUGCGAUCUGCAUCACCCAGGCUCGUUCUCUAUCGACAACUUGCAUCAGAGAGUCUUGCAGUGUACAAUUCUGUGAAGAAGGUUGAGGAGAAAAUACCAAACGAAGUCGUCUCUGACCGGUGGUCAAUCGGGAAGCCUCCGACAGCCUCAGAAGGGAGAUGUUGUUGGAUUGACACUGGAUCUGAGAUCUUUUAUGACGAGUCCGAAGUCUUCAACUGGCUCCAGUUUUCUACAGAAAGCUCUGUUGAAGAGAAGCCACAGCCCGAGGUCUUUGAGUUCGACCAUAUUUAUCCUGGAUCUGAAUACGGCGACUUCACUGCUAUCCUCUAUGGAGCACUUGGGACUCCAUGCUUUGCAAGGCUUCAUUCCCUUUUGGCGGAUGCUUCUAAACAUGGAUUCGUCAAGUAUAUUGUUCGUCCUGUUCUAUCUUCUGGCUGCGAGAAAGAUGCUGAAGUAUGUACACGCAGUGGUCAUGGAGGUCCAGUUAAUCUGGGAGGUUAUGGGAUCGAGCUUGCUCUUAAGAACAUGGAGUACAAAGCUAUUGAUGACAGUGAAGUAAAGAAAGGAGAUAAUGGGGAAGAAACACGGACUGAAGACUUGAGCCAGGACGUUCGAGGCUUCAUUUUCUCAAAACUCUUGGACCGGAAGCCAGAGUUGACUGGAGAGUUAUUAACUUUCCGCGAUCACUUACUGUCCUCUGGCGUCGCGGACAGCAUGAAUGUGUGGGAGCUCAAAGAUUUGGGGUAUCAAACAACACAACGUAUUAUCAAAGCGUCAGAACCACUAAAGCUGAUGCAGGAAAUUAAUCAAAACUUUCCGAAUUUGGUGUCAUCGCUGUCUCGUAUGCAGAUAAAUGAUACAAUUAAAGAAGAGAUUAUGUCCAACCAGCGGUUGCUUCCAGCUGGGAAGAACCUAAUGGCGAUUAACGGAGCCAUCCUCAAUAUAGAAACUAUUGAUCUUUUCUCGUUGAUUGAGCUUGUACAAGGGGAGCUCUCGCUGGCCAGCAAUAUUCUUUCUUUGAAGAUUCCAGAGAAGUUUAUUCGGAAAUUCUUACUGCUACCUGAGGCUUCAGAGCAGGGGGCAAUGCGGCUUGACUACCGAUCUGACAAACAUGUUCAUUAUCUCAAUAAUAUUGAAGAAGAUUCAAGAUAUAAGCGCUGGAGAUCGAAUUUGAAUGAGCUGCUGAUGCCAGUGUUCCCAGGACAAAUGCGUUACGUGCGCAAGAAUCUGUACCAUGCUGUUUAUGUGAUUGAUCCUGCAACUCCAAAGGGGAUGAUGGCCGUGGAGGCAUUUACCAUGUUGUAUGAAAAUAAUUAUCCUAUGCGAUUUGGUGUUAUCCUUCUUUCUGGAAACGUUUUGGAGAAAAUUGUUGCCAAUGGUGAAGAUAUAAUAAGUGUUGAAUCAGAUGGCGUUUCUAAGGACAAGAACUCAGAAACAGAUCUCUCUUUAUUGAUCAUACGCUUAUUUCUGUUUGUCAAAGAGGAAUAUGGCGAUAAAGAGUUGGCUCUUAAGUUUCUGAGCAACUUGCAUGCUGCUUGGGCUGGAAAUUUUGAUGGGGAUGAAGACGUUCCAGUUCAGAGGUCUCAUGUUGUUGAGGCUAUCAUGGGAAUUCUAAGGCAUGAUCAAAAAGCCAGUGAAGGCCUGAAGGAACAAGCUACGGCAAUAUUGGAUAGAUUUGAUUCUGGAUCCGAUUACAGAGAAGUGGCUUUGGAUAGUACUCUUUUUGUUUACAAAUUGGGUCUAUCAAAUGUGUAUCCCGCCUUGCUAAUGAAUGGUCAAGUUUACGGCUCUAGCCAGGUUGUACAUGCGGCGGCCCAAGCUAUGAACGAGGAGCUUCCAAGGUUGCAAGAGGGUGUUUACUACGGUGCCAUCAACCUACGCACAGACAUUCUUGAGAAGUUUCUUUCUGAGGAAGGCCAGCCCCGCUACAAUCCUCAGAUUGUUGCAGUACCUAAAGAGGACCGCAAGUAUGUAGGACUCGCGUAUCCCAUAGCACAAAAAGACCCUGUGCUUACGAGGUUGCAGUAUCUUCAUCACCCUGGAACUGAAGACAAUGUUAAGCCUGUCACCCACUGGUUGGCUUUGGAUCUUAAUAAGAAGAGUGGUGUGCGCCUGCUUCAACAGGCUCUUCAGUACCUUUCAGAUGGGUCCAAGAAAGGGAGAGUCGGGAUAUUACACAAUCUUAAGGCUUCAAAUAUCCUUGAACCUUCACUUUUGAUUCGAGUUGUGAUGGUGGUUGCGAAUACCCCAAGCCGGCGGGCAAAGGUUGUACCGUUCUUGCAGAAACUGCUGACUAUCAAGGAGGUGACCGAUGUACUUCCGGAUGCACAAACUGAGGCCGAAACCAUGAAAGUUGUUCUCACGCUUGCUGAGGAGAUGGGUUUGAAAGCUUCCUCUUUAGAGAAAGCUAUUUCAUCUGCUUCAGCGCAUUCCGUGCUUGAGAAGAUUGAGGAGGAAGCAAGAUUCCUGUCUCGGCUUUGUGGUCUCAAGGCAGGUGUGGAAGCAGUGAUCACAAAUGGAAGGGUAUUUAUCCAAGAACAUGGAAACUAUUUUGUCAAAGAGGACUUUUCUUUGUUGGAUAAUGUGGAGUAUGAGAAGCGGGUAAAGCAGGUUGAAGAGCUGGUGGACAAGGUUGAGUGGAAAGAUAUUGAAUCAGACGAUUUGACCAGUGAAUUUCUGAGUACUGCAAUUAUGGGAGUAUCAUCAGCGAUGUCUGCACGCACUAAAAGUAGCGAAUCUGUUCGCUUUGAAUUAUUGAAAGCAGAACACAGCGCGAUCGUUAACCACAUUGAGGAAUCUCCAAUCCACGUGGAUGCGGUGAUCGAUCCAUUGAGUGCUAUAGGUCAGAAGUUGUCACCGAUACUCGUGCUGCUCCAGGAAUGGAUGAAACCAAGCAUGCGUAUCUGUUUUAACCCCAUGAGCUCGCUAGCCGAUCUACCACUGAAAAAUUUCUACCGAUUUGUAUUGCCGGCGAAGGAUUCUUACACUACGGAUGGCAAUCUCACAACCGGACCCUAUGCUCUUUUUUCCAACAUGCCACCCUCCCGCACCCUUACGAUGAAUCUCGACGUUCCAGAACCAUGGCUUGUAGAACCUGUUAUUGCUGUACAUGAUUUGGACAACAUCGUAUUAGAAAAGCUUGGAGAUAUUAGAACUAUGCACGCUGUGUACGAGUUGGAAGCUUUAGUUCUCACUGGGCAUUGCUUUGAAAAAGAGAGCAAAGAACCUCCUCGUGGCCUCCAGCUACUUCUCGGCACCAAAGAACAACCUCAUAUGGUGGACACAAUAGUUAUGGCCAAUUUGGGUUACUGGCAACUAAAAGCAGCUCCAGGUGUAUGGACUUUAGAGCUUGCUCCUGGUCGGUCAACUGAAAUUUAUACACUCGGUGGAAAAAAUGAAGGGACUGACGAAGGACCCACCUCAAAACGAAUCAUAAUAAGUGAUUUCAGAGGUCUUCCAGUACGGCUAGAAGUGGUCAAGAAGAAGGGCAUGGAGAACGAGAAAAUAUUGGACGUAGAAAGGGACGAAGAUAAAAAAUCUAAGGCUUCUUAUAUUGAGGAGAAGCUUGUGAAAUCGGGGAAGUUAGUAGUGAAACUUGCUGCUUCUGUUCAGGAAGCACUAUUCUUGAGGAAAAAAUUUGAGAAAAAUAAAUUUAUGAAGUGGGCAUCUAGUUGGGUCGGGGUUGGCAAAGGAGCAAAGCGCAUUGGAUCUGAUGGAGGCAAGGUUAUCAGGGAAGGAGAGACGAUUAACAUUUUUUCAGUUGCUUCUGGACACUUAUACGAGCGGUUUUUGAAGAUUAUGAUGUUGAGUGUGAUGAAGAACACAAACCGACCUGUUAAAUUUUGGUUCAUAAAGAAUUACUUAUCCCCUCAAUUUAAGGGUGUAAUUCCUCACAUGGCUCGUGAAUAUGGAUUCGAGUACGAUCUGGUGACCUACAAGUGGCCUUCUUGGCUGCACAAGCAAACAGAGAAGCAACGUAUCAUUUGGGCUUACAAGAUUUUGUUUUUAGAUGUUCUCUUCCCGCUCUCUCUGAAAAAGGUGAUAUUUGUGGACGCUGAUCAAAUAGUAAGAGCUGACAUGGCGGAGCUGUAUGAUAUGGACAUGGAUGGAAAACCACUAGCUUACACACCCUUCUGCGACAACAAUAAAGAAAUGGAUGGUUUUCGAUUUUGGAACCAGGGGUUUUGGAAGGAUCAUUUACGAGGAAAGCCCUAUCACAUCAGUGCCCUCUAUGUAGUGGAUCUUGUGAAAUUUCGUCAGUCAGCUGCAGGAGACAAUUUGAGAGUAUUUUACGAGAGUCUGAGUAAAGACCCCAACAGUCUCUCCAACUUGGACCAGGACUUGCCAAAUUACGCCCAGCACCAAGUGCCAAUCUUUUCCUUACCCCAACAAUGGCUUUGGUGUGAGUCAUGGUGUGGGAACGCAACCAAGUCUCAGGCUAAGACUAUCGAUUUGUGUAACAAUCCCAUGACGAAGGAGCCUAAGCUAGAAGGAGCCAGACGCAUUGUAGCGGAGUGGCCACAACUCGACCAGGAAGCCCGCGACUUCACAGCUAGGGUCCAACAAGUGGCACCUGAGAUGGAACCGCAGCCGUUGAGUUCUGUCCAUGUAGAAGAAGUAUUGAAAUUCGAAGAGCAAGAUGUAGCAAGAACUAAGAAAGAUGGCUCGGUAUCUGGUAGUAGUGUAGACAAAGAGUCAGCUGCAGAGCUAUAAAGUUUUUGUCUAUCUAUGGUGGCAUUAUUGACUACCUACAUGAAAUGACACUGUCCAACCUUCACCUUCGUGUGACUGGCCUCCAGUUCCAGUA